UUCUAUAUGUAACAUUUCCUCUCUGUAUACGUUCAGGGUCUUUCAUUAAUAUCUCUCAGAUGAUUGCCUGUGUGGGCCAGCAGGCCAUAAGUGGCUCUCGAGUCCCUGACGGUUUUGAGAAUCGCUCCCUGCCUCACUUUGAAAAGCACUCCAAACUGCCUGCUGCUAAAGGCUUUGUGGCCGACAGCUUUUACUCCGGCCUGACCCCCACAGAGUUUUUCUUUCACACCAUGGCUGGGCGAGAGGGUCUGGUGGACACUGCUGUGAAAACUGCAGAGACCGGAUAUAUGCAGAGGCGUCUGGUGAAGUCCCUGGAGGAUCUGUGCUCACAGUACGACCUGACAGUACGCAGCUCCACCGGCGACAUCAUCCAGUUUAUUUAUGGCGGCGAUGGUCUCGACCCAACCGACAUGGAGGGGAAAGACGAGCCGCUGGAGUUUCAGAGAGUCCUAGACAACAUCCGGGUGAGCUUUCCUCGCUCGACUUGGCAUUUUCAUCUCUUUCAUCUGCUGUUUCUUAUCUUCCUCAACCUUAGAUCCUCCACGUCUGAUGCGUCCCUGCCUCCCUGCACACACACCCCCACAAACUGUACACAAACACAUGUGCAAACCCAUACAUUUUUUAUCACAUAACCUUCACCUAAAUCCCUGUUCAUGGUGCAGACAUAAAACGCUAACAAUGUUCCUUCAUUCAUUUUUCGUUUGGUGUCAUAUGUCUGUAUCUCAAGCUCAUGGUCUAUGAAUGUGCUCUGCAAACCACUUCACUUUGAAUGAUUAGUCUGUUUUAUUUGUAAUAAAA